UCCUCUUUCCCCUUCACUCUCACCACCCCCAUCUCUCUUACAGGAAAAAAGGGGUACAAAUAUCUUGUCUUAUCUCCUCCUACAGUCUCAUCCAAUCCAUUAACUUCAAUAACAGAAAAGCCCGAUGGCAGCCACCACCAUUAACGAUGUCCCCGAUGUUAUUCUGUUGAACAUCUUCGCUUCUAUCUCCGACACCCGAACCCGCAACUCCAUCUCCCUCGUCUGCCGUAAGUUCAUGCUUUUGGACAGGGUCACGCGCCUCUCCCUCACGCUCCGCGGCAACGCCACCGACCUUUACAUGAUCCCCGAUUGUUUCAGAUCUGUCACGCACUUGGACCUCUCCUUUCUCUCCCCUUGGGGUCACUCCCUCCUCUCCUCUUCUCCGCUCGUUGAUCCUCUGCUCCUGGCUCAUCGCCUCCGCGUUGCGUUCCCCGCCGUUACCUCCUUGACGGUUUAUGUUAGAUCGCCGUCUACGAUCGAGGUUUUGGUCCAACAAUGGCCUGGGUUGAAGUGUGUGAAGCUGGUGAGGUGGCAUCAGCGGCUCGCCUCCUGGCCAAUCGGACAAGAUUUCGUUUCUCUGUUCCAGCAGUGCCAUAAUCUGAAUUGGCUUGACUUGUCCAGCUUUUAUUACUGGACCGAAGAUCUGCCCCCGGUUCUUCAAGAUUGCCCCGAGGUAUCGUCCUCGUUAGUCCACUUGAAUUUGCUAACGACGUCCUUUGCUGAAGGGUUUAAGUCUCAGGAGAUUAAAGAAAUCACCGCCGCCUGUCCUAACUUGAAGAAUUUUUUGGUGGCUUGUAACUUUGAUCCUAGGUACAUUGGGUUCGUCGGAGAUGAGACCUUGUUGGCCGUGGCCACUAACUGUCCUAAACUGACGCUUUUGCAUUUGGUUGAUACAUCGUCCUUGACUGAUGUUCGAGGUGAGCCGGACAGCGAAGGAUUUACUUCCGAGGAUGCCGCGGUUACCAGUGCGACACUGGUGGAGUUCUUCUCGGGCUUGCCGAUGCUUCAAGAGCUCGUGCUUGAUGUUGGCAGGAACGUGAGGGAUGCUUCGUUGGCGUUGGGAAUGUUGAACUGUAAAUGCAAGGAUUUGAGAGUGCUGAAGCUGGGGCAGUUUCAUGGGAUAUGUUUGGCGAUUGAAUCUCAGCUCGACGGGAUUGCCUUGUGUUCGGGGCUGCGAGAGCUGUCUAUUAAGAAUUGCGGGGAUUUGACGGAUAUGGGAUUGAUUGCGAUCGGGAGAGGGUGUUGUAAGCUGUCUAGCUUUGAAGUUCAAGGAUGUAAAGGGAUUACUGAGAAGGGACUCAGGACAAUGGCUUGCUUGCUAAGAAAUACUUUGGUUAAAGUCAAGAUUUCUUGUUGCAAGAAUCUUGAUGCUGCAGCUUCAUCGAGAGCUGUGGAGCCAAUCCGUGAUCGGAUUCAAUGGCUGCAUAUUGAUUGUGUCUGGAAUGGAUUGGAUGAGACGGGGAAUUCCGAGCACAGUUUUCAGCACCACGGAUUGGAAAUGGGAAGCAGCAGCGAGUUCGAUGAAGACAUGAUGAGCAGGAAGAGAUGCAAAUACUACUAUGACGAGAGUGAUUUUGACUUUAUGGGAAACAAUGGAUUUUGGUGCAAGAAAUGGGAGAAGUUGCAAUACCUAUCGCUUUGGAUCGGUGUUGGUGAGCUUCUCACUCCAUUGCCAACAGCAGGUCUUGUGGACUGCCCUAGCCUGGAGGAGAUUCGAAUAAAGGUGGAAGGGGAUUGCAGGGGACGCCACAAACCGGCUGAACGAGCAUUCGGAUUGAGCUCCCUUGCAAUCUACCCUCGGCUUUCAAAGAUGCAACUGGAUUGUGGUGAAACCAUAGGGUAUGCUCUCACAGCACCGUCGGGCCAAAUGGACCUAAGCUUGUGGGAAAGGUUUUACCUUAAUGGCAUCGGCGAGUUGAGGCUAAGUGAACUAGAUUACUGGCCUCCGCAAGACAGGGAUGUCAACCACAGGAGCCUCUCACUCCCUGCAGCUGGAUUGCUGGCGGGGUGUCUUGACCUUAGGAAGUUGUUUAUCCACGGGACGGCUCAUGAACACUUCAUGAUGUUCCUCCUCAAAAUCCCUAACCUCAGAGAUGUGCAAUUGAGAGAAGACUAUUAUCCGGCACCGGAGAAUGACAUGAGUACAGAAAUGAGAGCAGGGUCGUGUAGUCGCUUUGAAGCUGCUCUCAAUAGGCGGAUCAUCCUCGACUGAAAUGAAGGAUCCUACCCAGAUUAGAUCAUAUUUCUGCUUAGUAAGAACAAGAGUUUUCCCUCUCCCCCUUUCCCCCUUUCAAUUUUAAGAAAUUGUAAGAGGCUCAGACUUUUAAACACUGUUUUUUUACA